AUGGAUGAAGGUAAAUAUUUCUCUUUUCAAAUACCUAUUCCUCAUUUUUCAAUAGAUUCCCUAUUUAAUAAAGACGAUUUUGAUUUCUACAAAAUAAAAUAUAAUGAUGAUGCAAGUGGCUUGUCAGAACAUUCAGAAAAUGAUAAUUCCAACAAUAAAGAAAAACAAGAAGAAGAUUGUGCUGAUUAUGAGAGUGAAAAUGAAAAGCUUUUUAUGAAAUAUCUUAAAAAUAUUGUGAGGAAAGGAAAUAAAAUGAGUAAUUCAAAUUGGGAAUGUCCUGAGAUGAAUGAAGAAGGGCAAAGGAUAGAAGAAAGAAAUGAAUAUGUUGAAAAAGAUAAAAUAUUGGAAGAAAAUAAUGAUGAUCAGUGUGAUGAAAAUGAUCAAGUGUUCAAAAAUAAUAAUAACAAUAAUAAUAACAAUAAUAAUAAUAAUAAUAAUAAUAAUAAUCAUGACAUCAACAAUAAUAAUAAUAAUAAUUAUGAUGAUGAUGAUGAUGAUGGUGAUAACCAUAGGUCAUAUAAAAAACAACGGGUAUACAACAAAAGAGAUAAUAAAAUUAUAAAAAAGAAUUUACAUCUUUUUGAAAAAUAUCCAAAUAUACCAAUAAAAAAAGAAUUAGAAAAUCAAUGGAUCUAUCAAAAUGUGAAAUCAACAUUUAAUAUCAAAAAAGUAAAAAUUAAUAAAUUUAAAGAAGAAUGUGAUAAAAUUAAGAAAAGACUAAAAGGCAAAUAUUAUGAAGAAAACUGUGAAGAAAAAAAUUUUAGAUCUGAAGAAUAUAAAGGAGAUACAUGUAUAACAAAUCAUAAUUCAACUUAUAAAAAAGAAUAUAUUAUAAAAUAUUAUAAUUAUCUUAUAAAAAUAUUAUUAUCAGGUAUAAGAAAUCCAAAUAUUGAUGAAAUCAUUAAUCAUAUAGUAUAUUAUAAUUGUAAUAAUUGGCAAUAUAAAAUAGAUAUGAAUAUUUUAAAAAAAAUUGCUGAUAUUAAUACUAAUGAAAACAAAAUUUUAAAUCGUACUAAAUGUUAUAUUGAAUGGUUGCCAAAAAUGGAGAAUAAUAGUUUUAAUAAAUAUCAAAUCAUAUCAAAAUUAAAAGAAAAAACUAUAUCGAAAACAUUUAAAUUAGUAUGUGAUUUUAAUAACACAUUAUUAAAAGCAUUAUAUAUUAAUCAAAAUUUAAUACAUAAAUAUUUUACACAUGAUAAAAAUCAAAUAUAUAACAACAACAACAAUAAUAAUAAUAAUAAUAAUAAUACAUAUAAUAUAAUAAAAAAUCAAAGUUCAAAUGAUAUUUUUAUAAUAUCAGUUUGUUUUUAUCAUCCUAUAAGAGGAAUAAAAAUAGCUGAAUAUGAAAUUUUAUCAAAUCAAACAUUAGCAAAUUUGACAGAUGUUUUCUUUUGUUUUGAUACUUCCAAUUAUGGAUUACCAAAAUGUGAUGGUUCAUUAUAUUUUAUUGAUGGUAUAUUAUAUCCAGAUUUAAGAAGUAAGAAUGCUGUAGAUUAUUCUACUAGUAUUAUUAAUUUUUAUAAAAUGAAAAAAAUGAAAACAAAUUUUAUUAAAUAUCCAUAUAAAAUAAAUCAAGAUCAAGCUAUUCUUAAUCAAAUCGAAAUACCUCUAUUUAAAAAAUGUUGCUUCUUACAUCAAGGAACUUGUGAACAUAGAAUUGUUUUUAAUAAUAUAAGACAAUAUAAUAAAUUAAGAGAUAAACAUUUCUCAAACUAUCCACUUAGAACAUUCAAACCUAAUAUAUCAAAUAAAUAUUGUAUAUCUUGUCAUAAAAAUAUUGCACAAAAAAUUGUAUUAGAUUCAUACUUAUUAAAAGAAAACCCAUCCUAUAUGUGUAACCAUUGUUUUGAUUUAUUUCUAAUGGAUAAAAAUAAUCAACCCAUUGAUCCAUCAAUGAAAUAUUUUGAUUACAUAGAUGAUGUGUAA